AUUCCAUCAUUUUUGAGAGUAAUACACACUAGAGAGUUCUCCCAUUUCCUUUGUCUUUGUUCUUGUUCUUUGCAUUCAAGUGAGUUGAGAGAAAGGCUGCCUAGCGCUCUAACGGAAUUGAGAGCUAGGGCCGCACGAUCGAGAGUAAGGUCGUGACAAGUGGUAUCAGAGCCUGGUUCGGCUUUGUGCUAGCAAAGUUGAACCUAGAGCCAGAAGGAAAGGAAGAACCUCACCAAAAAUGACGGGAUCAGAAGUCCACGACGAUGAGAAGCACCGUGGAAGGGAUACCGUGAAGAAUCCCAAACCAAAGGGUGACAAGUCAAGCACUCGUGAUCCUAUGACGUCUCUAGAGAGGCGUGUCUCUAGAAUGGAGGUGAAGUUGGCGGAAGACAUCAGUGCCAUCGAGGAUUUGGGAGCAAACUUCACCCAAGUCGAAAGCGAUUUUCAAGGUAUGAAUGCUCGUUUGUCGAGCUUGGAGAUUGGUAAUGAUGGCUUACGAGAAGAGCUUGUGGCCCUCAUCAACAACACCAUCACCACAUCCUUGAACAACGCCAUUGGAGUUGUGAAAGAGCAAGUCCAGGCUGAGCUGGUCGGCGUGAAGGAGGAGAUUGCAGAUCUCAAGAGUGAGGUCACUCUCGUGAAGAGAGCCAUGGCUAGCGGACCAGCCACGGUGCAAUCCGUCCCACGUGCUGAUAUUCCAAGACCGAAGAGCUUCGGAGGUUCACGGAAUGCGAGGGAGUUAGAGAACUUCCUUUGGAGUCUUGAGCAGUACUUCAAGGCGUCCGGCAUCCAAGAGGAUGAGGUAAAGAUUCGUACCGCUCCACUUUACUUGGUUGAUGUUGCCAUGGUGUGGUGGAGGCGACGUGAAGCGGACGUCGAAAGAGGUACUUGUGUGAUGGCAACGUGGGAAGAUUUCAAGAGAGAAAUCAAGAGGCAGUUCUACCCAGAGAACGUGGAGUUUGAAGGCCGUUCGAAGUUGAGAAGACUCACCCAGAGGGGUGGAGUUCAAGAAUACGUGAAAGAAUUCUCGGAGCUGCUUCUAGAGAUCCCGGACAUCACGGACAAGGAGGCCAUGCACGGCUUUCUUGAUGGGCUGCAACCAUGGGCCAAGAUGGAGAUGCAACGUCGAGGAGUGCAAGACCUUGCAACUGCCAUGGCCACGGCAGAGUCUUUUGUCGAGUACAAACGACAAGAGAGCAGCGGCAGAGAGAAGAGUUCGAAGCCCAACAAGGGUGGAGAACAGCAGAAGCCUUUCAAGGAGGGUUCUCGCACUCAACAACACCAAGGUGGUUCGAGCAAAGGGGGUAAGUACGAGCCAAAACCCAUGACUUGUUUCCUUUGCGACGGACCACAUCGAGUGCGAGAUUGCCCAAGAAAGGCGAGAUUAGCAGCCAUGGAAGCUCAAGAUGAGGAGCCCAAGGCGGCGGAGGCCAAGAUUGGCUCAAUCCGCAAGCUUGGCGCGGCAAAGACCGACGUCAAGGAGAGCAAGCGGGGGAGGUGCUAUGUUCUGGCGCAAUUCAUGCAAGGCGAGUCAAAAGCCUUGGUGGAUACCGGUGCCACGGACAACUUUCUUCGCGUCGAGGAGGCAAACCGGCUGGGUAUUGCCUACGAGAAGGGGCAAGGGAGGCUCAAGACGAUCAAUUCGGAGUCCAUCCCGAUUCAUGGAGUGGCGCACAACGUACCAAUAAAGCUUGGCGAGUGGGAAGGCCUCAUCGACUUUUCCGUCGUCACCAUGGACGAUCACCCAGUCAUCCUCGGCAUCCACUUCCUCGACAAGGAGGGAGUGCUUUUGAAGCCCAACUCCAACACGAUGUGCUUGGAGAAAGAAGGGGAGUUCCAUUCGAUUCAUCUCUUGAGAGAAGAUGGUCCCCAUAGUGCUCUAUCGGCCAUGCAAGUGGUGAAGGGGUUCAAGAAAAAUGAACCAACCUUUCUUGUGUCCUUGAAGACGGAGGAAGAAGGAGGCUCAACGGGAAUCACAACUCCCAUCAUCGAAGGUGUCCUCGAAGAGUUCGAUGAUGUGAUGCCAUCAGAGUUGCCCAAGAAGCUGCCACCAAGAAGAGAGGUAGACCACAAGAUCGAGUUGGAGCCGGGAGCGAAACCCCCUUCGCGAGCACCAUACCGCAUGUCGCCACCGGAGUUAGAAGAAUUGCGGAGGCAACUCAAGGACUUGGUGGACGCAGGCUACAUGCGGCCAUCGAAGUCACCUUUUGGAGCACCGGUGUUGUUCCAAAAGAAGAAGGAAGGGUCGUUGCGGAUGUGCAUCGACUAUAGAGCCAUCAACAAGUUGACGGUGAAGAACAAGUGGCCGAUUCCCAACAUUGCUGACUUUUCGACCAGCUUGGAGAUGCGAUGUGGUUCACCAAGCUAGAUCUUCGCUCGGGCUACUAUCAAGUGCGGAUAGCAGAGGGCGACGAGCCAAAGACGGCUUGUGUGACGAGGUAUGGCUCUUACGAGUUUCUUGUGAUGCCAUUCGGUCUCACCAACGCACCAGCCACGUUUUGCACUUUGAUGAAUCAAGUGUUCGAGCCAUU